GGGGCCGGGCUGGGGGCGGGGCGAAGCAGGCGGAGUCACCCGGGCCCGGCCGCGCCCGGCUCAGCAUCGCCCGGACCCGCCAUGGAGCCGGCAGCGUCUGAGGAGCGCAGCAGGUACACGUAUGAGCAGCACAAGGAAACAGCCGAAUGGCUGCUAGAUCACACCAAGCACCGGCCUAGCUUGGCCAUUAUCUGUGGCUCUGGCCUUGGGGGCCUGGCUGACCUGGUGAAGGAUCCAGUGGUUUUUAACUACACGGACAUUCCCAACUUUCCCCAGAGCACAGUGGCAGGCCAUGCUGGGAAGCUGGUGUUCGGGAUGCUGGCGGGGGUAAGCUGCGUGGUGAUGAAGGGCCGGUUCCACAUGUAUGAGGGGUACCCACUGUGGAAGGUGACGUUCCCGGUGCGGAUCUUCCGCCUGCUGGGCGCAGGGACCCUGAUUGUCACCAACGCGGCUGGUGGCCUCAACCGCGGGUAUCAGGUGGGUGACAUCAUGGUGAUCCGGGACCACAUCAACAUGCCCGGACUGGCAGGCACCAACCCGCUGAGCGGCCCCUAUGAUGAGAGGUUCGGGCCCCGCUUCCCAGCCAUGUCGGACUCCUACGACGAGCAGCUACGGGGCCUGGCGCUGGCAGUGGGCAGGGAGCUGGGCUAUGGCCCCAGCCUGCAUGAGGGUGUCUACUGCACCGUGGGGGGGCCCAACUACGAGACCAUCGCUGAGUGCCGCUUCCUGCAGCAGCUUGGGGCCGAUGCCGUAGGGAUGAGCACGGUGCCCGAGGUGCUUGUGGCCCGGCACUGCGGCCUGCGCGUCUUCGGCUUCUCUCUGAUCACCAACAAGGCAGUGCUGGAGUACGGGACCCGGGAGAAGGCCAACCAUGCCGAGGUGCUGGAGGCCGGGCGCCAAGCUGCUCUCAAGCUGGAGCGCCUGGUCUCCAUGCUGGUGGAGCGCAUGAAGGGCAAUGGCCUGGUGUAGCCGGCCGGGGGAGGGGCCCCUCCCCUGGCACCUGCCUCCACUGCAAACUGCUGCCCUGCCCGCUCCCCCACGGCUUGCUCUGCCAGCCUGCUCCCCACUCUUGAUUUUUGUGGCCGCUGCUCCCAGCUCCCAUGUACGCUGAUCCCAGCUCAGAGCCCCCCUCAGGCAGCCCCUGACCCCAUCCCUUCCCCCAUGGGGGGGCGUCCGAGCCUGGUGUCCUGUGGUGCUCACAGCGUGGCUGCUGGAGUCCCGCAGACCAUGGGAUGCCUGCCCAAGCCCAUGUCUCAGCUCCAACCCCCACUAAUGCCCCCCUCCAGGGAUGCAGCCUGGGAUGCUCCACCCGAAAGCACCUGCCUCAAUUGCUGGUGCUACUGGGGAGUGUCACCUGGCUAGUGACCCCACAAAAGACCCUGCAUUCGGCCGCGUAGACUGAGAUAUGGCGAACGCCACUCUUAAAUCCCCUGGGCGGUUCGCCUGAGCCUGUGCCGCCUGCUCACAGGCGGGGGAACGUCUCGGGGGUGUUAUCCGAACCCCCUUUCUCACAGCUGGGAAGGGACCAACCCUCGGCUCAGCGCCGAGGAGGCGGGGAUGGCUGCCCAACCCUGUCCAGGCACCAAGCCAUGUUUGGUGCAGGCAGGAGCCGGCCCCCUCUUCACAUUCCCACGUUGGACCAUUCUGGCUCUUCUGCAGUGAUGUGUUUUGUUACCAAUGCUCAGUUUGCAGCUGGGAUGAUUGAGAGCUGCCACAGAAAUGGGGAGCCCCCAGUGAACUGGGGGUUUGGCUCCCCUCCACACCAGGCGGCUCUGCCCCUCCCUGCCCUGCUGCAUUUUAUCAUAGGACCACUCCACGGCUGCACCUUGCUAACAAUACAGCAAUGACAGAACAA